AUGGAGCAGCUAACCCAGUUCGUCUCCAAGAGCUUUGACCACGCGAACGCGAAUCGGGAGUCCAUCAGGAAUAAUACACGUACCGCCAAUCUUGUUUGUAGUCCCGCUUCUGGUACCAUUACACUUAGUGUUGCUCAUCUUAUUGGUUCCAUUGACAAUGCAUCUUCUACUGACUCCAAUGUCAAACCAGCUCCAGAUCAAUCACCGGACGAUUCAUCAACCGAGGAACGGCAUCACACUGCAUCGCCGGAGUCGCGACUGCAGCCAGAAGAUCUGUCAGUCGCCACAAAGGUCACCAAGGAAUCCGUCAAACAGAAUACCGACACAGUACUACUGCCCCUAAAAACGCCAGAGCUAAAGUUAUCAGUGAGGAAACUGCUGGGGUGCAGUCCGUCGCCGCCGCCAGUGUCACGGGACUUGUCACCGAGUAGUCCAGUCAACGUCCAAGAGGCCAAAGUAUCGUCGCCUCAGUCACUUGACUCGCGGUGUGACAAAACCACCCGAAAAAUCCUCGUUGAGGACAACUCAAAAGGUCCCAACUGUCGUGGUACUGCGAGUACUGGCGGUGGAGGCGGCGGGAAUGGUAAACAGAGAAGAUCGAGAACAAACUUUACUUUAGAACAGUUAGCUGAGUUGGAACGACUUUUCGACGAGACACAUUAUCCUGAUGCAUUUAUGCGAGAAGAAUUGAGCCAAAGAUUAGGCUUGAGCGAAGCACGUGUUCAGGUUUGGUUUCAAAAUCGUCGCGCCAAGUGCCGUAAACACGAGAGUCAAUUACACAAAGGUGGAAUGGUAUUAGCACCACGAAGUCCACCGACAUCAUUAGAACCAUGUAGAGUAGCGCCUUAUUUACCAGCACUGCGGCUUCAUCCGCCAUCGGUGCAAUCAUCACCGAAUGUCAGUGCAAACACAUCUGCCGCAUCAGCGUUUGAUCCAGCGGUACUUCAUUAUGCGGCGGCCGGCGGUCUUUUUUGUUUGCCACCUUCUCAUCCCCAAGUACACCCGCUAAGUUUAGCGGCUUCAUUCGCCGCGGCUGCUGCACGCUCUAAGAACAGUAGCAUCGCUGACCUCAGGCUAAAAGCAAGACGACAUCAAGAAGCUCUUGGACUUGAUAGGCCCGCGUAA